AUGGCAUUAAGAGCAGCACUGAGAAGAACUAACUCUGGAGCUCCACUACGUUACAAAGCCUGGAUGAAAAUGCUCAACGACAAAGUGAAAACUUCAGAUGAUGCAUCUUCAGUCUCAGCUUUAGGAGCUGUGUGCGAUUAUUACGGAUCAAGUGUUCCAAAAGACGAGCUUCAAAGCAAAAAUAACUUCGAAAUCAAUUGGGAUGAGUGGAGUCACCUGGUUACCCCUGGAAUUGUAUCUAAGCUAAGAGAAAAAGUAGAAGCCAUCAAUAAGGAAGACUAUGAUUCCUCAGUUCUCGCAAAUCAAGCUGUUGAAGAAACUGAGGAGCUCAAAUCACUCAAAAGCUACGUCUAUUGGAAUGGAGCAUGCACCUAUCAUUUAGUAUAAAAAAUUGUUAUAAAUUUUUAAUUAAAAUCUUUUAUAAAAUUAAAAAAAAUUAAUGCACCUAUCAUUUGUGGCUGAGAUGGACAACCUUAUUGAAAACAUCAGCCACGCAAGACCUUUGAAUGAUACUGAUUUGUGGCAAUAUAGGCAAAUGUAUAAAUACGUGGACUGCCCAACAAGAUGGGAUCAUGACCUUGGAUGGUAUUUGUCAAAUAACGACCAAGUCAUGGAAGACGCUGAUAUGACUAAUGUUUUCCAAUUCCAGAAAGAUCUUGGAAAAGUAGCAUUGAUGAGGUAUUAUUAUGACGGGUAGGCAUAUACAUUAAUAAGGUGGAGAUAAACAUUCUACCUCUUGGAGCAAUUUUCUCAACACCUGCAAGGAAAUUCCAGAUUAUAUAGCCAAGCUGAAAAACAGGUUCGGCAUCCUUACUCCCCCCCCUCCGAGAGUGAACAAAACCAUUACUCCCCCCCCUCCGUGAGUGAACAAAAAAAUUUUGUUCACUCUCGGAGGGGGGUUAAUUUUUUUUUUUUUUAAAAACAUUUAUAUAUAAAUUUUAUAAAAUUUUUUUUUCGAAAUUCAAAAAAAUCCUAAUUCGCAAAAAUUGGAAAGCAAAUAUUAAUUUAAUUAUAUAAAAUUUUAUGUGUUUUAAAACGCAAUUUGUUUAAAAUUAAACAGAAUUAGCUCUAGAUUUCAUAUGCUAAUUAUCACUUAUAUAUCAAAAAUUUUUUUCCAUAAAAAAUUUUUCUAUUAAAAACAUUUUUGUUCACUCACGGAGGGUGGGUUUUUGGGCAAAAAAUGCCGAUUUUUCAAAUGGUUUUGUUCACUCACGGAGGGGGGGGAGAGUUAAAAAAAUCGCUAUUUUUUGCCCAAAAACCCACCCUCCGUGAGUGAACAAAAAUUUUUUUAAUAGAAAAAUUUUUUUAUGGAAAAAAAUUUUUGAUAUAUAAAUGAUAAUUAUUAUAAUGAAAUCUAGAGCUAAUUCUGUUUAAUUUUAAACGAAUUGCCUUUUAAAACAUAAAUUUUAUAAAUUAAAUUAAUAUUUGCUUUCCAAUUUUUGCGAAUUAGGAUUUUUUUGAAUUUCGAAAAAAAAAUUUUUAUAAAAUUUAUAUAUAUAAAUUUUUUUUUAAAAAAAAAAAUUAACCCUCCGUGAGUGAACAAAAUUUUUUUGUUCACUCACGGAGGGGGGGGGAGUUAGCAAUUAUUUUUCUGGGAAACGGAUUUUUACAUCGGUGAUUCUUGGAAAGAGUCUGGCCAGCGAAAGACGAUAAAGAGGCGCAAUAUCCCAAGUAGGCCUAAGAGAUGGUAGUGCUAAGAUCAAUACUGAUAAUUGUGUGCCUGGGAAUUAGAUCUACUAAUUUCAGAGCCAGAAAGUCCAAGUCAGUUGAGUAAGACUCUCCUAUAGCAGAGGGAAGGGUGUCAGCCAGGAUCCAUUGGAUGAUAAGCAUGCAGGGGUACAAAUCCUCAGCCCAUUGCUGUGAUGACGAACGACAAUUACUAAUCUAAUCUAAUGACUGGGUUGGUCGCCACCAAAUUCUUUGCACAGUAGGCAAGCUUUCUCAAACCGAACGUGAAGAAUAA